UUUUUAUUAAUCCUUAUUCAACUAUUGAAUGGAUUAUUGUGUAAAUAUGAUAAAGAAUUAUUACGAAGUGGUUCAAUUGUUUAUGGUUUAGCAACCGUUAAUUAUACGAACGUUAAAGAUGCUACGGUGUCAACGUGUUCGUUACAGUUAAAACAAUUCGUUGAUGGGAUUGAGAAUCAAACUUUAUGGGCUUAUAGAUUAAUGGAUGCUAGUGGAAUUCCCACUGAAGGUUUUCUAUGGGGUAAUAAUUUCUGGCUAGGCCGAGAAACAUUAUGUUAUUUAUCUCAAAUUCGUGAGCCUCUUCCUAUUAGUGAUAAAUAUCCCACCUAUCAUAAUAUCACAGAAAAUGAUUUAUUUCCAUAUUCGGUUGAUUUUUUUGGUGCAUAUGUUCGACAUAAUUUUACAUUACAACAAAAGAUUAAUAUUUACGAUGAAUACACCAUCGAUAUUGGCUUAUGUUUACCAUCAGUAUGUGAACACCAAGAAAUUUCCGAACGUUUACAGUUGUAUUUAAAUGAAAAAAUAUUAAAUGUACAAAAUUUAUACGAUUUAGAUUUGAAAGUUACAAGAAUCAAAAGUAUCCGAGAUGAUUUUCGUUGGAUGAACACCAGAAAAUUCUUUAUAAUGAUAACUUUGAUUUCAUUAUUAACUAUAUUAACAAUUGUUGGCACUACAUAUGACGUAAUUAUACAUCAACCAAUCAGAAGAGCUAAGAAAAGACUUGAAGAAAACAUACAAAAUGAAAAAAAUUCAGAAAUUCAUACAAUUAGCGGGAAAAUGUCAUGCGGUCCUAACGAAUUAGUCCAAACGACAUCAAGUAUUUGCAUUUUACAAGCACAAAAUGAAAAUAAAACACCAAGGUUAUGGGUACAAUUUAUAUUAUGCUUUUCGUUUUACUCAAAUACAAAAGCUGUGUUGAGAACAAAAUUAGGUGAAAAUGGUUUAGCCUGUGUGCAUGGUUUACGUUUUGGUAGUAUGUUGUGGGUAAUUGUUGCCCAUUCGAUGUUCUACGCUGGUGAAUUUGCUACUAAUCGAAUUAUAGCAUUUACUAUGUCACAAUUAAUUAGUACACAACCAUUAGCCAAUGCACAAUUAUCGGUGGAUAGUUUCUUAUUUAUAAGUGGAUUUUUAGUUUCUUAUUUAUUUUAUAAAAAGAAAUUCACAAAAAUUGGUAAUAAAGCUGUUUCAUUAGGAAAAACUUUGACAGAAUUUAUUUUGGCGGCAUUAAACAGAUAUUUACGGCUUACUCCAAUCGUUAUAUUUGCAAUUGUCAUAUAUUCUGUAAUUUAUGAAUAUUAUGCGAACACAGCAAUCGUGGAAAUGGGUGAAGCAGUGCAUGAGAAAUGUUCCAAAUAUUGGUGGCGUAAUUUAUUAUACAUUGGAAAUUUAUUUGAUUGGAAUGAGCUAUGUUUAUCAUGGAGCUGGUAUUUAGCAGUUGAUAUGCAAUUCUUUUUAAUUUCAUUGAUUUUAUGCUUUGCAUCAUUAUUUUUAUUCAAAACAUCGAUAUUGAUUAUGAUUUUAUUAAUUAUUGGAUCAUGUUUAUGCACAACAUAUAUUUCAUUCGAAGCUAAAUUUAUUCCUACUUAUGAUGAAACAGUAAAUAAUUUGGGUCCAUUAUAUGCACGCCCCUGGAUACGAAUAGGUCCAUAUUUAAUUGGUGUUUUAACUGGAUAUUUUAUUGUUAAAAUUGAUAGAAAAUUAGAAAUCAAAAAGCCUUUGGUGAUAUUUUUAUGGAUUGUUGGACCUUUAUUAAAUUUAUACCUUUUAUAUGCACUCGUUAAUCGACGUUUACCAGUCGUUUAUUCAGCAUUCUAUUCUGGAUUCCAUCGAACUUUGUGGGGAAUUGGUUUAGCAUGGUUAACUGUUGCAUGUAUCACCAAUCAUGGUGGUAUUGUUAAUAAAGUGUUGUCAUGGCGUGGUUUUAUACCGUUGGGUCGUUUAGCAUAUUGUGCAUAUUUGCUGAAUCCAUUUGUAGUUACUUUUUAUUACCUGAAUAACGAACAAGGAAGUUACGUAACAUACGUACCAUUGGUUAUCAUGGGGACUUCCGUCUUAUUUGUAACGUUUUUCCUCGCAUUCUUCGCAACAGUUUUAAUUGAAUAUCCUACAACACGUUUAAUAAAGCUAGGAUUUUCAAAACGAUAAAAAAAUAACUUACAAGAUUCCACGC